CCUCUCUCUCACUCGCACUCUCACUCUCGCUCUCGCUCCUCCUCGCAUCCCAGCACAUCAAUCUCCUCCAAGCGUCGCCCUCAACAAUGUCGAUUCACUUUGCUCCCCAGUGGGUCAAGCCCAUCAAGCCUACUGGAUCGGCCCUCGCUGCCGCAUCCGACGCCGCCUCAAACUCACAGGCUCCCAAGCAGCCCGCUGCACCCGCGUCGCCCUUUCCCGCCUUGGGCCAGCCCCGCGCCGGCUCACCCACGAAUGCUGCAACCUCGAACCCUCCCCUCUCGUACUCGCGCGUCACCCACACCCCCGCCUCUCCCUCCUACUCUGGUGAAGGUUACUUUCCCAAUGCUGGAGACGGAGUAAAUGGAGGCGCCGACCCCAGCCCCUUCCCCUUCCGCUACUCGCGCGACCAUAUCCUAGGCAUAUGGGACGAGGACAAGUUCAAGGAGCGUCCCAUCGAGCUCAUGCAGAUGGCUGAGACGGAGAGUGGCUCGGUGCUCGUUAGCAAGGGCGUGGUCCAGCCCAUCGGCCUGCGCGACCUGUCAGAGGUGGAGAAGAGGAUCCUCUCGACCUCUGUUCACCCACCUAUGGCAGCUCGCCGCCAGAAUCAGGCGCAUUCUGGCGCGACGCUCGGGAAUAAUACUGGCGAGGCCACUCUCCCCCGUCGCGUCCCCCAGCCAGCGAUGAAGGAUGCUGUCAAUACCAGCACUGCACCUUCGCGUGGCCCAGGCUUUGGUGGCUUUGGACGGGGCGAAGGCGGAGCAUUCGGUGGCUCCAAGUACACCGCCGGUGCUUUGGGCGAAGGCCGUCAGCCCGGCGCCCUCGGCGGCGGAUUUGGCGGUGUUCCCAAGCGUGCUCCCCGUCGCGAAGAGGACCCCACCCGGCCAUCGGCGGCUUCGACGGCGCCCUCGUGGCGUUCUGUGCGCAAUCAGUCGGGCACGUUUGAGGGCGUCCUGGGUUUUGGCACCGCGUCGGCGGCCUCGCCCGUUGACACUCACACCAAUGGCAGUCAGGAUGCGGACCGCGUCUGGAAUGCUUCUGCUGAUAAGCAUUGGCGUGCCGCCCCGAGCGACGAGCGCCCGUUGACGAUUCCCACCUCUGAGCUCUCGACGCAGUCGGUCAUCGCCACAGCUUCGGCCACACCUGUGGGCGAGCGGGAUGCGCAACUUCGCGAGAAUACCCCUGGUCUUCGCAGUGGCACCCAAACUCCUCAAGCGCAGGAGCCUCAGGACCUGGGUAGCGUGAAUUGGUACUACCGCGACCCCAACGGCAAAGAGCAGGGUCCUUUCACUGGUGCCCAGAUGCAGGAUUGGUACUCGCACUCGUACUUCAAGGACGACCUGCCGAUUCGCCGUGAGACGGAGACACCUUUCCACAAGCUCUCAGAGCUCAAGGUGAACACCGGCAAUGCCGUUCAGCCAUUCCUCUCAGCUGUUCGCCCUCGCCUUCCUCCCAACCUUCCGAUUCCCCUUGCCGCCCUUCAAACUACCAACGCCGCGCCUGGAAGUGUGCCUUCGCCGGCGGGCGGUCUCAACGACUCGUUUGGCAGACUCAACAUGGGCGCACUGCCCGCGCCGCAGGCCCAGUAUCCCCCCAAUGCCUACCAGGGCAGUCACUUCGGCCAGCAGCCUCAGUACAACAACCAGUUUGCGGCCGUGCCGUUCGGAAGUCAACAGUGGAACCCGGCCCCAGGCACUCAAAGUCCCGCCCGCCUCAACGGUAGCUUCGGCUCGAUCGGUCCUCAGUCAUCGUAUGCACCGUACGGUGCCGCGAUUGGCACCCCUCCUAUCCCCCGUCCAGACGUUUUCGCAUCUCCCAUCGGCCAGACUUCGCCGUGGACCGCUGCGCCCGUGAACCCCGCUGCAGCCUGGCAGCAACCGCCUCUCCAGCCGCAGCAGCAACAGCAGCAGCAGCAGAUGGCUCCCGCUCCCAUUGCUCCCCAGCAGCACCAGCAGCAGUAUAACCAACAACAACACCAGCAGGCGUCCCAGCAGCCCGCUCUUACCGAACCUUCCUACUUCCCGCCCACUGAGGAGAUCCGCCCGGAGCAAACCGCCUCCACCGGAGAGUACGAUGGGGUGGGCGAUGAGUCCAUGGUCGAUGACUUCCUCGGCUCUGACGGGGCGCCUGAGGACGACGUCCUGUCCCAGGCUGGGGUCGUCGACGAGGAGCAGGAGGAGGAGGAGGAAGAGGAAGAGGAAGAGGAGUAUGUCGAGGAGACCCCUGAGGAGAUCGAGGAGCCUGCCCCCAAGCCUGCUCCGACUUCGGUCUGGGCCAAGGCGCCCCAGGCUGCCACUCGCAAGCCCUCCGCCGAACCCACUCCCGCCCAGGCCUCCCAGCUUCCCCCUCCCCACGCCUCUCUCCCUCCCAAGCCCUCUACGGGCCCCAUCAAGACCGAAUCUUCGAAGGAGACGUCCCGCGCCUCCGCGACGCCCGUCGAGAAGACAGCGCCCAAGGCGGCUCCGUGGGCUACGGCCGACAAGCACGCGCACGGCCCGUCCCUCCGCGAGAUCCAGGAAGCCGAGGCCCGCCAAGCGGCUGCGCGGAAGCAGGCGCGUGCCGAGGCGCGUGCCACUGCGCCGGCCUCGGUCGCCGCUGCCGCCGACGAGCUCCCGACCUCAAUGACUUGGGGUCUGCCGACGAGCAAGGGCACCGCCCCGCCCCCUUCGUCGACGCCGCCUGCGCCUGCGUGGGGCGGUGGCGCCGAGGGCCCGAAGAAGACCCUCAAGCAGAUCCAGGAAGAGGAGGAGCGCCGCAACCAGAAGCUCGCGCGCCAGCAGCAGUCUACUGUCGCGACCGCUUCGCCGGCCGCCAAGCGCGGGUACGCCGACCUGGCCGCGAACUCUCCGACGCCGGCGCAGGCCGCUGCCGCCGCCGCUGCGGGCUGGACGACGGUGGGUGCCGGCGGCAAGUCUGCCGCUGUGCCAGCCAAGCCCGCUACGCUUCCCGCCAAGCCCGUCGCUGCAGUCAAGCCCGUGGCGGCCGUCGCCAAGCCCGCGGCCAAGCCGCCCGUCGCCGACGAGCAGCCCAGCAUCGAGUUCAUCCGCUGGACCAAGCAAGCGCUCACCGGCCUCUCGGUGCCCAUCGACGACUUCAUCUCAAUGCUCCUCACCUUCCCCGUGGACCCGCCUGCGUCAAGCCGCGCCGAGGUGCAGGAGAUCAUCGCCGACUCGGUGUACGCCAGCAGCUCGACACUCGACGGCCGCCGUUUCGCACAGGAGUUCAUGACCCGCCGCAAGGCCGACGCCAAGCGCGACGCGUCCAAGCCCGUCGCCAAGAUCGGCAGCCUCGCCGACGUCGUCAAGACCCAGCCAAAGGCACCUGCCGCAGAAGUUGGAUUCAAGGUCGUCAAGGCUAAGAAGAAGCGCGGAUAGAUGUCUGGGCUCAGGCCGAGGGGUGUGGCAUUGCCCUGUAUGCAUGCUGCUGUGUUACUGCUCAACAAAGGCGUUACUGCUCCACAGUUGCAUGAUCGAGAUCUACUGACCGCUGCAGCUCCUUUUAUGCCAAUAGAUGAAAUCAGAUGUACAGCCGAGUUCGACGGU